AUGUUUGGCUUCAUUCGCACCAUCAAGAUGUUUACAUAUGACAGAGGUUAUGAGGUCGUUGUUGCUCUAGCCAUCGUGGGUGUGGUGGUGGGUGUCCCGCCCCACUAUGGUUACUCCCCCGCCCCGACCUACACGCCCACUCCAUCCUACACCCCAACUCCAUCCUACCACCCAGCUCCAUCCUACCACCCAGCUCCAUCCUACCACUCAGCUCCCUCCUAUGAUACUGCGCCCAAGUAUGACUUUGACUACGCCGUGAAGGACGACUAUUCCGGUAACGACUUUGGCCACCAGGAGGGUCGUGACGGCUACAACACCCAGGGGUCGUACUAUGUGCAGCUUCCCGACGGUCGUCUGCAGCAGGUGACCUACACUGUCAAUGGUGACUCCGGCUUUGUGGCUGAGGUCACCUACCAGGGAGAGGCCCAGUACCCUCACUACCAACCAUCCUAUCAUCCUGCUCCAUCCUACAAGCCAUCUCCAUCCUACCAUCCUACUCCAUCCUACAAGCCAGCUCCAUCCUACCAUCCUACUCCAUCCUACAAGCCAGCUCCAUCCUACCAUCCUACUCCAUCCUACACUCCUGCUCCUGUCUAUGGAUAACUGAUAAGUACAUUCACGGGAGAUGAUAUCUGAUAAAUUUAUGGAAUAAAUAGAGAAUUUUG